UUUUUUUGUCGGCCCAAAGCUCCGUGCCCAGAUUUCCCACUGCCAAGUUGGAGCAAGCCAAGUUCCAACCCCUUGCCCCGUUGCUGUAAAACCCCGUAGCAUCCUCUCGACAUUCUAUCCCCUCCUCGGGGCUCCAAUUUGCUUUAUGGAGAGGGGAACCAAGGACUCCGACUCGGGCUCGGAUAAGACGAAGGGUGCUAUGAACAUCGAAGGGUACCCGGUGAAGGGUCUGUCAAUUGCAGGCCACGAAACCUGCGUAAUGUUCCCCACUCUCAAAUUGGCCUUCGAUAUCGGCCGUUUCCCCCAGCAAGCUAUAAGCCACGACUUCCUCUGCAUCUCCCACGCCCACAUGGACCACAUUGGAGGGCUUCCCAUGUAUGUUGCAACUCGUGGCUUAUUCAGCAUGAAGCCACCUACAAUCAUUGUACCAAAAUGUAUAAAGAAAGAUGUCGAACAACUCUUUGAAGUGCACAGAAGAAUGGACCAAUCAGAGUUGAACCAUAAUCUGAUUGGCUUGGAUGUUGGAGAAGAGUUUUACUUGAGAAAAGACCUCAAAGUAAGAGCUUUUCAGACUUACCAUGCCAUACCUAGCCAGGGUUAUGUAGUUUACUCUAUAAAACAGAAACUUAAGCAGGAGUACGUUGGCCUUUCUGGGAAUGAGAUUAAAAAUUUGAAGUCAUCAGGUGUGGAGAUUACAUACACAAUAACAGCACCAGAAAUUGCUUUCACUGGAGAUACCACGUCUGACUUCAUGAUUGACCAAAAUAACACUGAUGUUCUGAGAUCAAGGAUUCUUGUUAUGGAGAGCACCUUUCUUGAUAACUCUGUUUCAGUGGAGGAUGCGAGAGUCUAUGGACACACUCAUCUAUCUGAGAUAAUAAGUCAUGCUGAGAGGUUUGAGAACAAGGCAAUCCUUCUCAUACACUUUUCAGCUCGCUACAGACUUGAGGAAAUUCAACAAGCUGUUUCUGCAUUGCCUCUGCCUUUAGCAGGUCGAGUAUUUGCACUUACAGAAGGAUUCUGAUGACGUCGAGAGGAGAUUUAUUUCCAAUAGUUUCUUGGGCUUUUUUUUUUUUUCGCGCCGGGGGGGGGGGGGGGGGGGGCGUGUUGGGGGAGGUUGUUAAAUCUGAUAGCAAGAUCUGCUUUCUGAACACAAUGUCUAAUGCAGUGACUUAAUGGAGUUAUAGAUGGACGAAUCAGAGAACUAACCUAUUUAGUUGGGCAAACCUUACCAAUUAUCCAGGUAUUGUGAA